UUAGUUGUAUAUUCUCUCAAUAUACCAAUAGAAAUAAUUCAAGUUUAUUUUUUAUUUUUUUAUUUGUGUAAUUAGUACGUAGUUUUAAGAUGAAAUUAUGCAAUUCUAAUUUAGUUUUAUUAAUGUUUGAACUUCUUAUUAAUAGACGUUAUAUCAGAUACAUAACAUAGAAUUAAUAUACAUUUCAUAUAAGUACUUGGUAUGGAUAAACAAAAUUUAUAAAUUAACCCGAAUGUAAGGUAUUUACACGUGCUUUUUUCCUCAUAAUAAAGAGGCAAAUAUCUCCUAAUUUGUUAUAGCUUGCUAAUUCUUUUCUCUAAAUUUAUUAAUGCUUUGCAAGUUAGCAAUAGUAGAACACAAGGAUGAGCUGGUCGGGUCAACCUCCGGAUCUCAAAAAGUAUUUAAAAAAAAGGCUAAAUGUCAAGUUGAAUGCCAACUGCUUAGUUGUUGGGACUCUUCGUGGGUUUGAUCAGUUCAUGAAUUUGGUCAUUGACAACACUGUGGAAGUUAAUGGUAAUGAGAAGAAUGAAAUUGGCAUGGUGGUAAUUCGUGGUAAUAGUGUGAUGACAAUUGAAGCAUUGGAGCCAGUCGCCAGACCACAGUAG